AUGGGAAAUCUCUAAACUCUAAUAAAUUAUCAUGCACCAUUGAAUUAUGCCUAAGAUCUAAAUGAAUAGAUAAUAGAUUAAGGAAUGCUAGAACAUCCAGGUUUAGGUUAAAUUUAAUUAUGGAAAAUUAAAGAAUCUAAUCUACCUAUGUUAUUUUCAUUUGUAAAAUAUUAAACUACUUUUUAGCAUGCACAUAUAUUUGAAAAAGAUUCAUCAAUUAUUGAAAUACAUAAUUUUCGUAGUUCACUCUAACAUCCUAAUUUAAUUGAAUAUUUUGCAUGUACAGGUUCAAAGGCUCUAAAUAUUGGUAAUGUCUAAUCUUAAUAAUUCUUUUUUGCUUAUUAUUCAAAAACUUUAAAGGAUCAUAUUUAAUCUACAAACAUAACUGAGGUAUAAAUAUGGAAGGUAAUAAAUAAAUACUAUUAUCAUAGAUAAUUGAAGAAAUAGUUGAUGUUAUGGUAUAUUUAUAAGGAAAGAAUAGAUAUCAUGGUAAUAUCAAUUCUUAAUCAAUAUUCAUAACUGAUAAUUUUCAUAUCAAAUUAUUAGACAAAAUAGGAUAAAAACCAAAUAGAUACUCUAUAAAAGAUGAUGUAUAUGAUUUAGGAAUUCUUGUAAUUGAAUUAUUAACUAAAAGAAGUAAUAUAUACAUAAUAAUCAAGCAAAUUAAUUAAAUUUUAUUUCAUAAAUAAAAAAUUUACAUGGAAAAUUCACUUUAUAAUUAUUAUAAUUGGUUGCAAAGAUGAUAGAUUAAAAUCCUGAUAAAAGACCAGAUUUUAAUUAAAUUUAAAAGAUGGUUAUCAAUAGAUUUAAAGAACCAAUAUCUUUUAUUAAUCCAGAUAAGAUUGCAGAUAGAAAUAAAUUAACUUCAAGAAUAUCAACAUAAGCGCCUUUAUUAUCUUAAACUGAUGAAAUUAAAUCAAUUUAAGAAUAAUCUCUUUAAAUAACUUAAUUACCUUGUUUAUUGUCAUAAAAAUGUGCCUUUCCUUCAACAAUUCUUCGAUGCAAAACCACUAAAAAUUUAUAGGAUUAGCAUUCAAAUAAUCUAUCACCUUAUAAGAAUAAAAAUUUUGAAUCAACCCCACGUAAAAUUUAUUCAGAUAAGAUGCCAUAAUAAUCUACUACUGACUAUAGAUAAAGUCCUUAAAGUAUAUAUUUAUUUCAAUAUUUAGACUAAAGACAUUAUGAUAAUUAAAUCACUCCAAGGACUUUAGACUUUAAUAUUUAAUAUUAAUUGAAUUGA